UUUAACCAGACUGGUCGUGGCAGUGUGUGCAGCCAGGCCAUAAUGCUUGUGACUGACGGGGCGACUGAAAUGUACGACGAUGUUUUUGAGAGGUACAAUUGGCCAGAAAGAAAGGUGCGGAUAUUCCCUUACCUGAUUGGACGAGAGUCUGCGUUUGCUGAUAACCUCAAAUGGAUGGCUUGUGCCAACAAAGGAUAUUUCAGUCAGAUCUCCACCUUAGCAGACGUUCAGGAGAACGUGAUGCGGUAUCUUCACGUCAUGAGCCGCCCGAAGGUUAUCGAUCACGAGCACGACACGGUGUGGACUGAAGCUUACGUGGACAGUGCUCUCUCCCAGGCUCAUAAGUUGAAAGACAAAUCGGGCCCGAGUCUGAUGACUACAGUAGCCAUGCCUGUGUUCAGCACAAAGAACGAAACGAAGAACCAGGGUAUUCUGUUGGGGGUCGUAGGAACAGACAUCCCUCUGCAGGAGCUGAUGAAGCUCAUCCCCAAACAUAUGUUAGGGAUCCACGGGUACGCAUUCGCCGUCACAAACAAUGGCUACAUCCUGACACACCCGGACCUCAGGCCUUUGUAUCAGGAGGGUCAGAAGAGGAGGAAGCCCAACUACAGCAGUGUGGAUCUCUCUGAGGUGGAGUGGGAGGACAAAGACGGCAUUCUGCGCAACGCUAUGGUGAACAGGAGGACAGGGACUUUCUCUAUGGAGGUGAAGAAGACGGUGGACAGAGGGAGGCGUGUCCUGAAGAUGCACAACGACUAUUAUUACACUGACAUCAAAGGAACCCCAUUCAGUGUCGGAGUGGCUCUUUCCAGAGGUCAUGGAAAGUACUUCUUCAGAGGGAACGUGUCAGUUGAAGCAGGGCUCCGUGAUCUGGAACAGCCAGAUGUCGCCCUGGCAGAUGAAUGGACCUACUGCAACACAGAGGAGGAGCACGAGCAUCGUCACCUGACCCAGAUUCAAGCCAUCAAGCUCUUCAUGACGGGUCGCAGACCGCACCUCAAAUGUGACAGAGAGCUGAUCCAGGAGGUUUUAUUUGAUGCUGUGGUGACUGCUCCACUGGAGGCCUACUGGACCGGACUGGCCCUCAACAAGUCAGAGAACUCAGACAAAGGAGUGGAGAUUGCCUUCCUGGGAACACGCACCGGCCUGUCGAGAACCAACCUGUUUGUGCCCGCCGAUCAGCUCUCCAAUCAAGAUUUCCUGACAGCGGAGGACAAGGAGGGUGUGUUUAAUGCUGAUCACUUCCCUCUGUGGUACAAGAGAGCGGCAGAGCAGGUCCCCGGCACGUUUAUCUACUCCAUCCCCUUCAGCACAGCUUUAGAAAACAAGAGUGUGGUGUUGGCGAGCACAGCUAUUCAGCUCCUAGAUGACAGAAAGUCUCCAAUUGUUGCAGCUGUAGGGAUCCAGAUGAAGCUUGAGUUCUUUCAGAGGAAGUUCUGGACUGCCUGUAGACAGUGUACAGCUCUGGAUGGAAAAUGCAGCAUUAGCUGUGAUAAUGAGGACAUUAACUGUUAUCUCAUUGACAACAAUGGCUUCAUUCUUGUCACAGAGGAGCAAUCUCAGACAGGGCUCUUCUUUGGAGAGGUGGAGGGUGCUGUUAUGAACAAACUUCUCCAAAUGGGCUCCUUCAAAAGGAUCACGCUGUAUGACUACCAGGCCCUUUGCAGAGAGUACGCUGGGAGCAGUGACAGUGCGCGCAUGUUAUCAGAUCCUUUCUCUGUGGUUAAGUGGCUCCUGACAGAACUUGUCAUUUUUCUGCUGGAAUUUAACCUGUACAGCUGGUGGAACGUCGAUCUUUCCGUUAAAGCUCAGAGGUCUCGGGGUAAAACCAUGAUGGUUCCAUGUGAUACAGAAUACCCUGCUUUUGUCUCUGAACGCACCAUUAAGGAAACAACAGGCAACAUUGACUGUGAAGGCUGCAUCAGGUCGUUUGUUAUACAGCAGAUUCCCAGCAGCAACCUCUUCAUGGUUGUUGUGGACAAUAAGUGUGACUGCAGCAGUGCACCUCCAGUAACCAUGGAUCCCAUCGAGAUCAUGUACAACGAGUCACUAAAAUGUGACAGACUGAAGUUUCAGAAGGACAGAAAGAAACCUGAAUCGUGUCAUCCUUUCCACCCUGAGGAAAAUGCCAUGGAGUGCGGUUCAGCAACACGCCUCUCCAGUCCUCUAACAGCAGCUCUGCUCCCUCUGAUAAUAGCGACCAUCAGCAGGUGACCAUCAGCAUCAGAGCUGGACAUCAGUAAGGACUAACUCAACAAGAAGAUGCUUAUAAACACAUAGAGAACAUGGCCUAUCAGAAAUGAAUUUGCUCAUUCCUCUGCAACAGGCAGCGCUCUACUAAGACAAAAUCCUAAUCUGUAGCACUGAGACUCACAUCCAUUAAUGCAGAAAACAUAAAAAACGUGGUGCAGCAAAAGAAACUGAGAUUAAUGGGAGUGCUUGGUGACUUAGCUCAGAGCAUUGCAGAUCAUGUCACUGUCAAUUUGCCAUUUUGUCCUGAAUGUGUGCUGAAAUUAAAUAAGAGAAAGUAAUGUGUCUACAGUCAAAACAAAUGCCUAGGAGAAGAAAACAAGUCCUUUGUGCGAAGGAUGAUAGUAAGAUAUCAAAUAUGUUUGUUUCUUUGUUGUGAGGGGAAAAAAAUGAAAGUUAAUGUAAAAGUCUGAAGUACAUAAAAUGCACUUUUGUCAUAUGUGAAAAGAAUGCAGAGCGGUCUAUAUUUUUGGCAUUAAACUGCUAAAAACAACAGUGCCGUCAUGCCUCUUCAAAGAAAUUUUAUUUUGUUUAUUUUGUACCUAAGUUCUUUUUGAUGUUGAUAUAAUAUGGAUCAUGAAGUGUAAAAUAUCAGAGAGACAGCAGAAAAUUUAAACUUUAUUCUGUCAGUUUCUCCCAGUUUUAAAGCGGAAGACAUUUCAGACAAGCUAAAGAUGCAUGAUGAAGAUUCAGUGUGUUUAAGAACGUUACAUUCAUACAUCCAACCAUAAUUUGUCAAGGUGACCACAUACUCGUAACCACGUGUUUGAGAAAGCUGAUGAAUAAAUACAAAGAAAUAUUUUCCUUCA